GUGGUGAGCAGCAGUCCGGCGUAGCGAGGCAGAGAGCAGCGGUGCGGCUUCCAGGCGGAUCUCUACGUGUUUCUCCGGUUUGUCGCUCCGGAUGGAUCCUUAACCGUCUGCGCUUCUUCGGAUGCGUUUCGCCUCGUUGCCAUAAAGCGGAUAUUUGUCACUUUUUCUUUCGUUUCCUGGACUCGCACAGAGACGCAGCAGGAUGAAAUACAAAAACCUGAUGGCCAAAGCGUUGUAUGACAACGUGCCGGAGUCUCCUGAGGAGCUGGCCUUCCGGAAGGGAGACAUCCUAACCGUCAUCGAGCAAAACACAGGUGGCCUGGAAGGCUGGUGGCUCUGCUCCCUGCAUGGCCGCCAAGGCAUUGCCCCCGGCAACCGCUUGAAGCUGCUAAUUGGACCCAUGUUUGAGGCACAAUCUUCAGCUGGUGCUGCUGCUCAGUCUCCUCCUCAAAGCUACCAGCAGAAGGCGGGUUCCGGGGCCCAGGGCCUCUACCAGGUGCCCCAACAGCAGCAGAGCAUCUACCAGGUUCCUCCAGGACAGGAUGUCUAUCAAGUCCCACUACAGAGGAACGCUCUAGCAGCUGAUAACACACCCAGUAAGGUGGUGACCCCGACCAGAGUGGGCCAGUUCUACUCUUACGGCUCCGGACAGCACAACCAGCAGGACCUCUACGACGUCCCACCCGGCAGAUCGCAGGGGGUGUACGAUAUUCCUCCUGGACAGCUGUACCCCAGUAAGCCGAGUGGAUCCAGAAACCAAGGAGUAUACGACGUUCCCCUGCCUCAAAUGGACAUCAGUGGACAAGGUGUUUAUGACAUACCUCCCUCAUCACAAGGGGUUUACUCUGUGCCGCCCUGCAGAACCAACGCCGCCCAGCAGGAGGGGAACUAUGACUUCCCCCAGCCUCUAAAGCACAAACAGGAAGGCAUCUAUGAUGUCCCGCCUCCCGUCCUCACCAAGCCUGCCCCCAGCCCUCAGUCUCAUUACGAUUUCCCCCCGAGUGUCGAGGCCCCUGUCCAUCACAAGCACACAAAGACAAACGGCAACGAAGGCAUUUACGAUGUGCCUCCACCUGCCCUUCAUUCGGGGGCAGGGUCUCAGCAGGACGUGUACGACUUCCCGCGGGGCAUGCAGCCCACCCAGCCCAGAAACAUGCCCGCCGACAGCGAGGGAGGCAAAGGGAUCUACGACAUCCCCGCUCAGGACGCUCGCGCUGUGGUAGACGUGACGGACGGCGUGAACCGCCUGUCCUUCUCAAGUACCGGCAGCACACGCAGCAGCAUGUCCACCUCCUCGUCCUCCACAGGCUCUGAGAGUCGCCUCGCUCUGGAUGUGGACGCCGCCGUGCAGAGGUUGUACCGCCUGCAGCAGGUGGUGGAGCACUCUGUUGGAGCGUUGCAUUCAAUGGCCGCUUCCCCUCACUGGAGGACAUUCCCGUUUAUGGAGCGCCACGGGAACGACGUCCGCAUGGUGCUGGACAGGGUCCGAGCAGCUCUGGGGGAUUUCAUCACAUUUGGCAGAGGGGCGGCAGCGAACGCCACGUCCCUGUCAGACUGCAGUCUACAUAAUAAGCUCAGAAGGCAACUGGGACGCCUGGAGGACUCACAACAGAUACUUCUGCAAACCUACCAGGCCCUGGAGAACUGCAGCUGGGCUCUGAACGCCCUGGCUGCGUCCGGAAAGCACCACAGCAAGAGCGACGACCUGGACCGCUUCGUCAUGGUCUCUAGGACUGUUCCCGACGACGCAAAGCAAGUAGCGUCCACGAUAGGCAGCAACGCUGAGCUGCUGUUCAGGCGGACACAUUUAGACGGGUCUUUAUCAGUUGGAAACACACCUGAGGAGAACCUGAUCCACCCCCUCACCUCCCCCUCCCCAGAGAACAACAACUACAAGGGUCAGACCAAGCCGUUCCCCGUCCCUUCCAGCCAGGACAAAGACAACAUGAACAACAGCGAGAAAUGUGUGAAAAGCUGGAUGGAAGACUACGAUUACGUCCAUCUGCAGGGCAAAGAAGACUUCGAACGUCAGCAGAAGGAGCUGUUGGAGAAGGAAAACAUUAUUAAGCAGAGUCAAGUUCAGCUGGGCCAAGAACAGAUCAACCAGUUCAAGAAGCUGGAGCAGGAAGUGAUCAAACCCGUGGAGAACGACGUCACGCAGUGGAGCUCCGCCUCCUCCACCGACGGCUCCUCCGCCCACGCGUGCGCUCGGGACCGCCAGCUGCUCGGCUUCUACUCGGAGCAGUGCGAGCAGCACUUCGUCACGCUCCUCAGCGCCGUGGACGCCUUCUUCGGCUGCGUCAGCACCGGCCAGCCUCCACGCAUCUUCGUCGCGCACAGCAAGUUCGUCAUCCUCAGCGCCCACAAACUGGUCUUCAUCGGGGACACUCUGUCCCGGCAGGCCUCCGUCCCUGAGGUGGCCAACAGGGUGAUGAACUCCAGUAACGUGCUGUGUGACCUGCUAAAGACGGUGGUGGCGGCCACCAAAACGGCCGCUCUGAACUACCCGAACACGGCCGCCAUCCAGGAGAUGGUGGACCGGGUGACGGAGCUGUCGCACCACGCGCAGCAGUUCAAGGAGCAGCUGCUGCAGAUGGCCAAACUGUGACCAACCCAGCUUCAUCUCACCGUUCCCACGUUAGUCUGGCAGAUUAGACUUGCUGUUUCAGCUGUAAAUAGUCCGUUCUGUAAAUAUCUGCUCUAUUUUUGUGUAGAUAGUUUUAUAUUAUGGUCUGGACAUAAAUGUAGACGCAGUAAUGUUGUCUGUAGGAUUAUCUGGUCGUUUUUCAUAACAUUCCUGUUUGUUUUCCGAAGCACCUUAUGAGCUGUUUUCAUUGUCGACUGUAGGCCUGUAUGUCAUGUCAGUGUUUGCGGAGCUUCACGCAGAGUAAAGGUCUGUUAACAUGA